AGUGGCGUUUCCUGUGUGUGAGAGGCAGGCAGUUGAAAUGUGUUGAAACCAAUGCUGGAAGUACACAGGCUCUCUGUGUUCCAGUAUAAUUUUUAUUAAACCGGCGGAGGAUUCUCGAAAUCUACUGCCACCAUGAAACUUGUCCGAUUUCUCAUGAAAUUGAGUCACGAGACAGUCACCAUUGAGUUGAAGAAUGGUACACAGGUGCACGGCACCAUCACAGGCGUUGACGUGUCCAUGAACACUCACCUUAAAGCUGUGAAAAUGACGUUGAAGAACAGAGAGCCUGUGCAGCUGGAGACGCUGAGUAUCCGUGGCAACAACAUCCGCUACUUCAUCUUGCCAGACAGCCUGCCAUUGGACACAUUACUGGUGGACAUCGAGCCAAAAAUCAAGUCCAAGAAGAGAGAAGCAGUGGCUGCGCGUGGUCGAGGUAGGGGUCGAGGUAGAGGACGCGGGAGAGGAAGAGGACGAGGAGGACCCAGGCGAUGAAGAGCCUCUGUUUUGUUUACUCUCCUAACCAAGAAAGUUUACUUUUCUUGUCAUGGGCAAUAUUUUAAUAUCAAGUUUGAGCUUGAGAUUUCUCAGCAGGAUGAGCUGUGUUUUUUUGUAUUUGUGUUGAUUUGUUGUUUUCUCAGAAGAUUAAAUCUUCAAUUCUUCUAUGAA